GUUUUCUACUCGUGAAAGUUUUUGGUCAGAUUGUGUGAUGAAUUUUUGGAAUUUUCAACUUCCACUUUUUUUGCCAGUAUGUAUAUUGUAUAAUCGCUCAAGUCAGAUUUUUUAUUUUUCAUCUAGUGUAGAAAUUUCAGUGUGUGGAAUUGAAAAGUACAAGGGCUGAUUAAUGAUCUUUUUGUCUGAAACUGUGAAUUCAAGUAACAAGACUUUGUAUUUGAAGAAAUUUGAACUUCCCUCAUAUUUUGAAUUCUUUUGCCUGAAUUCUUGGUGAGUCUUAACUUCUACUUGUUUCUGCUUUUUUACGACGAAAGGGAGAAGUUUACUUUUGUGGCAUUUCAACUUUAAUGCAAAAAUAGAUUGCAAUUGCAAGAACUAAUUUCAAAAGUAAUGAUAUUUACACAUAAAGUCAUUCAUCUUUCUUACAUAUUAUUUUUUUAGACAAAGAAAAACAUAUUUGAAUAUACCCUACCUAUCUUUCUUCCCUAAAAAAUCCGAAGUGUAAAAAUAGUGUGGAGAUUUUGAUGUUCCGAGAAUUUUCGGAGACUUGUUCAUUACAGCAGAUAAUUAAUAAGUAGUGCAUCAUGAAUACAUUGCAGAAAUUACCAAAGAACGAUAUCUCCCUUAAUAAGUUGAAACUUGAAAACUUUUCCAACCAAAUUUAUCUUUAUAGUAAAUAGCAGUAGUAGCAGGAUCUGUGUAAGAUGCUGCUUCGAAGAAUUGUUGCUGCAUGUCCACAGUCAAGGCGGAUGUUCAGCUCCUCUGUUAACCAUGGCUAUGAAAGUGCUAUUCAGGAACUCAACAAGGAAAUGGAAUCGGUAUUUGGUGUUCCUCCUGCAAAUGGACUAGCUAGCUCUGCAAACAAUUUGAACAAUGAAACCGAACUGCCAUCUCCAAACAUUAGUGUAAGUUCUUUUGAAUUGACUCAUACCGGUAAAUCGGGGGAAGCUCAAAUGGUAGACGUGUCUCCAAAAGAAAGUAGUAAAAGAAAAGCCACUGCUGUAUGCAAGGUAAUUCUUGGGAAGAAGGUGUUUGAUUUAGUCGUGGCCAAUCAAAUGGGGAAAGGAGAUGUGCUUACCGUGGCAAAAAUUGCCGGCAUAACUGCAGCAAAGCAAACUAGCAAUCUUAUUCCUUUGUGCCAUAACAUAAACCUUUCACAUGUGCAAGUGGAUUUGAGAUUGAAUCACGAGGAUUUCAGUGUAACAAUAGAAGGGGAAGCUGCAUCAACAGGUAAAACCGGGGUUGAGAUGGAAGCGAUGACAGCAGUGUCUAUUGCAGGCUUAACAGUGUAUGAUAUGUGUAAGGCUGCUUCAAAAGAUAUAGCUAUAACAGAUAUAAGACUUAAGCAUAAAUCUGGUGGAAAAAGUGGAGAGUACUGGUGGACACAAUGAUGGUUUAAUAUGCAUUGCAAACAAUGCGAAAAUGCUAUUAUUCUUCAUAUAGUUUUCUUCACCAGCAUAACGCUGUACAUGGUUUCCUGUUAUGGGAUGCAUGAAUUUUGGGGAUAGCUUUCUUUGAGUACAUUUCAAUUACUCAGCUUACAUUGUCAAAUUUUGUAA